GCUCACACUCCGGCAGCCGAGCGAUCGAGCUCCCCGGUCGCUAGCACAGCCGGCCACUGCACACGACGGUGCUGGUAGGUUGCAAGCACUUGCAGGAUGGCGCAGGUCGCUAAGACGCUUCUCCUUGUGGCCCUGGUGGUCGUGUCGGCGGUGGAGCUGUGCCGCGCCAUCGAGUUCGACGAGCGGGACCUGGCAUCGGACGAGGCGCUGUGGGACCUGUACGAGCGGUGGCAGACGCACCACCGGGUGCACCGACACCACGGCGAGAAGGGCCGCCGGUUCGGGACCUUCAAGGAGAACGCGCGCUUCAUCCACGCGCACAACAAGCGCGGCGACCGACCCUACCGCCUCCGCCUGAACCGCUUCGGCGACAUGGGCCGUGAGGAAUUCCGUUCCGGGUUCGCCGACUCCCGCAUCAACGACCUCCGCCGGGAGCCCACCGCGGCGCCGGCCGUGCCGGGGUUCAUGUACGACGACGCCACCGACCUGCCGCGGUCCGUGGACUGGCGGCAGAAGGGCGCGGUGACGGCCGUCAAGAACCAGGGCCGCUGCGGCAGCUGCUGGGCCUUCUCCACAGUGGUGGCCGUGGAGGGCAUCAACGCCAUACGGACGGGGAGCCUGGUGUCGCUGUCGGAGCAGGAGCUGAUCGACUGCGACACGGACGAGAACGGGUGCCAGGGCGGGCUCAUGGAGAACGCCUUCGAGUUCAUCAAGUCCCACGGCGGCAUCACCACCGAGUCCGCGUACCCGUACCACGCCUCCAACGGCACCUGCGACGGCGCGCGGGCCCGGCGCGGGCGGGUCGUGGCGAUCGACGGCCACCAGGCUGUGCCGGCCGGCAGCGAGGACGCGCUGGCCAAGGCGGUGGCGCACCAACCGGUGUCCGUGGCCAUCGACGCGGGGGGCCAGGCGCUGCAGUUCUACUCGGAGGGCGUGUUCACGGGCGACUGCGGCACGGACCUGGACCACGGCGUGGCGGCGGUCGGCUACGGCGUCAGCGACGACGGCACGCCCUACUGGAUCGUCAAGAACUCGUGGGGCCCUUCCUGGGGAGAGGGCGGCUACAUCCGGAUGCAGCGCGGCACCGGCAACGGCGGCCUCUGCGGCAUCGCCAUGGAGGCGUCCUUUCCCAUCAAGACCUCGCCCAACCCGUCGCGCAAGCCCCGCCGCGCGCUCAUCACCAGGGACGCCUCUUCCCAGUGACAGGCUGAUCCAUCUCGGCGUCGAACUCGUACUACUGGCACGUAAGUAGGAGUACGUUGACAGGAUGACAUCCUGCUGCUGCUGUUUGCUUGUACUAUUUUCGAUUGUGUUUGUAGGUUUGAUUGUGCCAGUCUCGAUCAGAGACGAUAUACACAUGCUAGAAUAAAAUAUAGCAGCGCGUGUGCGCAACAAAGACUAGGGCCUGUUUGAUUUGAUGCCUAACUUGCCACACUUUGCCUAACUUUUGUGCCUAAGGUUAGUUAUUCAAUUCGAACGACUAACCUUAGACAAAGUGAUGCACAUUUAGCUACAAACCAAACAGCCCCUAGGAGUGUGAUAUCAAAGUUGUGCUUGUAAUGUAACGUAAUACGGUGUCGCAUAUGCACCGGGAUAUGGUAUAUUGAAUGGAGCUAUGCGUAAGCUAGCAGUUGUUGCAUUGCAUUUGC